CGGAGAUGGCGUUCGUUCCCGAUUUGGACACACUGGAGAGCAGCAGCCUGAACGAGGAGACAUUUUAUGGCCCUGACUGCCUCUGCCCGCAGAAGAAACCCCGCCUGGACUUAGAGGUGACAUCACCUGGGGUGGACAUCCAGGUCACGGUGACCAAGGGACACCCUGCCAGGACCUUUCGCCAGGCCGCCGUCCUCAUGGUGGCCAUGACCAAGCUCCUGAAGCAGCCGGCGCACAAAGACUUCACUGACAGUGACCUUGGGGGCUUCCUGGAUGAUAUUUUCGAGCCCAUCUCCUUCCAGCGGAUCGAGAGCAGCUACGCCAAGGCGCCCGUCUACCGCUACACCCGCUCCCAGUCCUUCGACAUCCUCGACAUCGACCACAAGUGCUUCGUGCUGGAGUCGCCCACCCAGCUGGUGGCCCUGCACCUGCAGGGACCCGCCGCCGGGCGGAAAGUGAAGCUCAACAUCGCUCUGUACCGUCCCCGGUCAUCGCAGGGCGGCCCGGGGACCGGGCAAGUGCCGGUGGCAUUGGGCAUCAAGGGCUACCAACUCUACAUGUCGUGUGUGAUGAGCGGCGCCAAGCCCGUGCUGCAGCUGGAGGAAGCCGAUAUCAGGAGGGACAUCGAGAGCGUGGAGCUGACCCGCUUCAUCUUCUACCGCCUGGACAGCCCGGCCGAGGGAACCACUCGCUUCGAGUCGGCCGCCUUCCCCGGCUGGUUCAUCUGCACCUCCCUGCAGCCCCGCCAGCCCGUCGGCAUCACCAACCAGCCCGACCAGGUCAACAUUGCCACCUACGAGCUGAGCGGGCGCUGAGGAGCCCCCGCACCCAACCCAACCGGCAGUUGCCGGUUUUCAGGCCGUAUGUACCGAGUACAAACCCCGCAGCCGGGACCCCCGUCCUCCCCGUCUAUUUCAGGUGAAAUAGCAGCUCUGGGCCCCGUGGGCCCGAGUCACCCCAAUUUGUGCUUAUUUAUUGUGUCUGUCCAGUGCUUUUAUACUUACUUAUUGUGUCCAUCCCUUGCUUUUAACUUAUAUACAUUUUAUUGGAAAUAUUGUGAUUUUGUUAUCGGGGAUGGGGGUUAUUUAUUGGUGAUGGAAGUGGAAAUAAAAGGUUUCCCAGGA